GGAAGACCCCCUCUUUCCUCUCUCCUUACAAUAAAGCUCUUUAUCUGGCUGGCUCUCAUCGGGCUUUUCACAAGCAGCAGCUCCAGAUGGAGCUCUGGGUCUCGGCUGUGGCCAUACAGGGCUGUUCCCCUCUGUCCCAGCUGCUCACUCCCCCGUGGCAGCACCAGGGCCCCAGCUGGGUGGCCGCCCCCGCUUCCCUUCCGGGGAGGAACGCAGCCUGCCCCGCGGUGCUUUCGGUUCCGCUUCUCUGGGCUCAGCAGCCACCCGUGGUGGGCGACUGGUAAGCGGGGUGGCUGGAGGGGACCCCAGGCAGCUCCAGCCCCCAGUGGUGGCCCCUGGCAGGACUUGGGGGCUUGGGGCUGCUGGGGGAGUGUGGGGCCGGGCCCAGAGAAGCCCACUCGGAACAGUGGGGCUGGGGCUGGCCAUGGCAGGGGCAGUCGGGCCUGCACGAGCUCGUCGUGCCCCUGUGGUGGUUCAAGGUGAGGGGGCCUGGUCCUUCUCAAAGCUUGCCUCAGUUGGUUACCUUCCACUUCCCCUGACAGACCUCAGGACCGUCCCUGGGGGUACUGGUGUGUGGGGCAGGGUGUGUGGGUUAGAGCAGACCCGAAGGACUGCCUGGGGGGGCAGUACCUGACAGAGGUGAACUUCUCCACCUGCUGCAGCUUGCACUUGGUCUCUCUGAUACACACAAGUGAGUCUCUUCCCAGCUUCCAUGGUUGUUUGUCCCAGCUCUGUGAAGAAUCUGUCGCUCCUCCUCACUGCUUGUUUUUGAAAAGCUGGUAAACAUUAACUGAGAGUUUAGAGAAGCUGCAGCUUUGCUUCCUGGGUCGUUCAAGAGACUGCUGAGAUAAGGACUGCGUUACAAUGGUAACAGGGCCCUUUUUCUUUCCGUGCUAGGGAAGCCCAAAUCCUUCAGGCGUCCUCAUCCUUCUCUUUUACUUAGUGUUCCCCAACCCCUUGCAGCACAGAGAGUUACCUGUCUUGCAGAACCUCCUCAAGUUGAGGGGGUACAAGGCUGCGGAAGGUUUCUCUGUGGCUCUGCCGGGCUGCAGCCAUGUCCUGCUCCUGCUCCUGGUUAAAUGAGAUGCUGAUUCUUCCUUUGUCAGCUAUGAAAGGAACAGCUGCCCCUGGAAUCAGCUCUUAAUAGAAUCAGCUCUCAGAUAUGCUCUGGUUUCUGGGCUGAGCGAUAAACCCCCUGUGAUUCUAUGCACUUUGACGCUGGUGGUGGUUCUCCACUGGCAGGUGGUGAUAUUUCCUCCCUGGUAUGUUUUGUAAUAGAGCCCUGAGGGGUUAUUCACUCAAAGCCUCUCUAUCAUCUGGGCAAAUGUAGAGGCUGCUGUUACCAAAGCUAAGCAUCCUACCUCUGAGUCACUGAAACCAGACUGCCUGCAGCGAAGACCGUCACCAGUAGAAAACUGGGUUCAAGUGAUGCCUUUUGUGAUGAAGAUGCAUCUUUUUCUCUGCUUGGUAUCGUUAAUGCUGUUGAGAGGCUUACUAGGAGCUGAUAGAGAAUUUAAUUAUCGGAAGCCUGGGAAAAUGAGUUCAGCUGCCACUUUAACUUUUAAAGAUAACAUAAAGCUGCAGAAUCUAAAGAUAGUUUAUGUUUUUACAUUGUUUGAGUACUAUUUGAUUUUACUCAGGCUAGAUUAGGACUACCAAGGCCUCGGUGUUCAGGUGAGUUCCCUGUUGGACACAGGUGAGUAAAGACUAGGCAAGAACUUGAGAGUUCUACUUCUGAGCUAUGUUGUUAUCUUAAAAUGUUCAGGUGCUUUGAGCCAGCAUUCCACUCUUUUUACCAAAUACCAUGAGAUGAAGAAUCUGGCAUGUCUAUAAGUGGCUUCCUCAGGCGUUUUCCUGCAACUAGAGUGUCUAGAAGAUUGAAUAUUUAAAAGAUAGAGUAACUCAUCUUUUAAAGCAACUUCAGAGCUGUGCUUUAGGAAACUUACCAAAUGUUGUAAAUGGCGUGAUACUCAUGAUCUCCUACUAUAAACACUAACAGAGUUGCUCUUGUAGAUCGAUUUACCCAGACAAUAUUCUUAAUGCGUUUUUUUGUGUUGGACACAGAAUUUUUCCUUCAGCCAUGGGUGGAAAACUUUCACAGUUCUGGAAAACAUCUGACCAAAAGCAGAGUGAAGGGAAGCUGAUCUUACCUGGGCAACUGGAUGCUGAAGAUGAAAUCUCCAAUUAUGCAAGCAUCAACGGAGGAGAUUCUGCUACACCCUGCAUGCCCGGUGCAGGCAUCUUACGUCGAAGCUGCGUCAAUUGCCCAACGUGUCAGGGAACAGGAAGGAUCCCCAGGGAGCAAGAGGAGCAGCUGGUGGCACUGAUUCCAUAUGGUGACCAGAGGCUGAAGCCCAGACGAACGAAACUCUACGUAUGUCUUGCUGUGACAAUCUGCCUGCUGAUGACAUCUCUCAGUAUCUUCUUCCUGUUUCCUCGCUCCAUUACUGUGCUGCCUGCAGGGCUGAAUGCCUCCUCCAUUGGUUUUGAUGUCAAUACCACCAGUAUAUACCUCAACAUGACAAAUGUGCUGAACAUAAGUAAUAACAACUUCUACCUGGUCACUGCUGUGCAAAUAGACACAGAGGUUUUGCACCAGUCCCUGGUAGUAGGGAAGACCACUGUGAAAACCCUGCUGAACAUCAGCCCUUUGCAGAGCGGCCAGAUCUAUUAUAUGGUGGCCAGUAUUAUAUCGGAUGACAACACUUAUAACAUUUGCACCUGGACAAAAGUCAGAGUUCACAAUGUUCUGCUGCAUAUACAGGGUACCCUGACCUGCACGUACCUGUGUCACUCGGAGCAGGUGGCUUUUGAAGACUACCAGUACGUGGACUGCCGGGGGAACGCUACGUUACCUCACCCGCUGUACCGCCGCCCACCGUGACGGGGCCAGGCUGGCAGAGCUUUUGGGUGCUGGGUAUUCCGUCACAAAGAUCCUUAUCGUGGCUGACUUCAGCUGAAUGGCCAGAGCAUGGGGUGUCACACUCUGCAAUGUUUCACUGCUCCAUCAGAGGUGGUGUCCUAUUAGUCUAACUCUACCUGUUUCUUCCUUGCACAAUUUUGUACUUAAGUCCUGAAUUUAAUAGUUCGUAACUUGCAAAGGGACUGGGGUGAGACCUGGCUGGAUCACAUCUAUAUCACUAGUGUCUGACACUUGCACAACCUGUUCCAUGAGAGCAAGAAACAGGACUGAUGUCUGUCUCUCUCGUUUUUUGUUUUUUUUUUCUCUUAAAAAAAAUCACAACCUACUGCAUAUCGUGCCAAAACACCAUGUGAGAGUGACUCUGAUACCUGCUGUUGGAGCUCUCUGGUGUAGGAGGCAAGAAUGCAAUGUCUUGAUUUGUCUUUUUAUAUAUAAAUAGAUAUUUUAAAAUAA